CACCAUUAUUUGUACUCUGGUUGCUCGACCACAUUCACACGAGAAAACUACAGGGCUGGAAAUAUAACCAAUGUACUCACCUAGUCGACCGACAUCUACUAGUCCGGGUACACCUUCCUUGAGACCUUCUCAUGGUCAGACACUCACACAACAACAGCAACAACAGCCAUUGACACAAGCACCAGUACAGACACAAGGACAUCUUACACAAGCAGAAGCACAGGCGUCAGUAUCCCACACAGCAGUAUCAACACAGGGUCAACUGGCUGCACUGGCUCCCGGAGCAACUACAUCAGAAUCCGUACGGCCACAAGCAUCUCAACUCUCAGAACCUCAACUAUUGACAUUACAACCAGCGCCCAUCCUUAAUUCUAUCAACCGCGUCUCACGAACAUAUUAUAGUAAAAAAGAUCAAGACACUAUUUACUAUGCACGAAAUCCUGGAAUCAGUUUACACCGGCAGGCAGAUAUGAGAAGAGAAGCGUGUGAAGUCAUUGCAGCUAUUGGCAAGAAAAUUGGAUUUCCGCAACGUACAAUCAGCACGGCACAGUUACUUUUACAUCGCUUCUUUAUGUUCAACUCUGUCCCAGAUACAGGAAAUGAGGUUGUGAUGGCGUGUCUAUUUGUGUCAUCCAAAGUUGAAGACACUAUCAAGAAGCUCAAGGAUAUCAUGGUGGCAACAUUUAUUUAUAGGCACUCGGACGCAACGGACUGGGACCCUGAGAGUAGGGAAGGCGAAGAGCAACGAAAGCGGGUUCUUUCGUAUGAAAAAAUGGUUUUAGAAUCUAUCUGCUUUGAUUUCCGUAUUGUCCAUCCAUAUAAAUACGUGAUCAAGUUUGUCAAAAUUAUGGGGGGCUCCCAGAAUUUAGCUCGAAAGGCUUGGGAUAUUGCUCGGAAUAGCUAUAAGGUUGGUGUUUGCCUGGAAUACCCUCCUCAUACGAUAGCAGCAGGGUCUAUAUAUCUAGCAGCAAAACUGAUUGGGGAAUCAUUCCCAGAUCUUGUCCAAGGAGUACCAUGGAUGAAGGCGUUCAGAACACGAUCAAUAGAUGUCGAUGAUUUCAGCCAUCAAAUGCUAGACCUGCUGUCAAUAGGACGUUCGGAUGCACAGAGACAACAGUACGAUACAAUACACAUUAGUCUGAAUGAUGCACACAGGCUAGAUUUGGAGCAUCAAAUGCCCAAGUUGAAGAAGGCAAGGAUAGAUUUUGCAACAUCAAUUGGUGUACAAGCUGAGUUGGAAAGGAUACAGGACGGUGGAGCAUCAAACCCGACUGUGCGAUACAGCCAGUCAUGAC